GUUACUGACAUAUUAUUCAAAGUUCUGUUAUAAUUUUAUUUAGUAAAUUUGUGACAUAUUUUCCAAGCCAUGAGUCUAUUUAACUUCUGAAGAAAGAACCUAAAUUUUGCGAUUUUAUGGAUUCCUCCAAGUCGUCAGUUAAACAUUAUCCAAAGCCGAUCAACAUUUUUUAUAUAUGGUAUUCUGAAUUAUGCCGCCGUAUGAAUAGUACACCUGCAAGGGUUGUCAAACCAGCAAAGCUAAGAAGUCAAACUAUUCUUGAAUUUGUUGGUGACCGCUUAAAAUUUGAAGAAUGGAGUCCUAUUGUAAAUGCCCUUCGUAGUGAUACUAGUCUGCAUGUAAUCAGUAUUAAAAGUAGAAUAGGUAAUUGUCAAUUUUUACAUGAUGUUGAUACAGAAGAAAAAGCAAGGCACAUGAAAAGACGUUUUGGUUCGCUGUGGACAGCUUUUAUAUUACGCCAGCUCACGAAAUCAAUCUCAACCUCUUUAAGAAACACCGAAGUACUUACAUUUUUAGAACUGGAUGGUUUGCCUCUAUUUGCACAAUAUCUAGAGCCUCUAUUGCAAGCACUUAAGAAAAACAAAACGGUAAAACAGCUUUCCUUUGCCAAUUCUUCCAUUAAAUCUGCUGGAUGCGAGAUGCUCUGUGAAUAUUUAAGGUAUGCUCCAAAUAUCGAGGUUAUUAACCUGUCCGGAUGUGCUCUGACGUCCGACAGUGGCGAAUAUUUAGCAAAAUUGAUUAAAUAUCAACAAAUUAAUAGGUAUUGUGAGAGCUGGCACAACUCUUUAAGAUACGAAAAUCCACAAAAUAGUAGUAUGAGAGGAAUUAAGAGGAUAACCCUUAAUUGUAAUUUUGAGUUCGGUGAUACUGGUUUGCAGUAUAUUUUAGAUGAAUUAGAAGAUGACUUAUGGAUCAAAGCUUUGGAUUUACAGAGAUGUGGAAUAACAGAGAAAAUAGGUCCCAAUAUUUUAAAUGUUGUUCAGUACAACAGGUCUUUGGAGAUAGUGGAUCUUAGACAAAAUGAUUUGCUCGAUAUCAAAACGAUUGAAAAAGUCUUACAAUUAUUACGAGAGAAACAGGAUAUUGGAUUUCAACCAGAAUUUCAGUGGUGUAAUACAGCUCUUACCUUAACUUUAGAUUCUUUGGGUGGAUCAACAUCCAAAUUUUCUAUGACAACACCUAUUCAUAAAACUAAAUCAGCCCCGAUAAAAAAUACUUAUCAAAAAUCAAGCAUGGAUACUUUUGAUGCUAUAAGGAAAACUAAAACCUUACAAAAUAUUCCAAAGCAUGCAGCUUAUCCAGGAAGAUCCAUAAUAACUGAUUUAAAUAUUAAAUUACAAUCUGAAAUUCAAAAGAGGAAAAUAACAGAAAAGAAAAAUGAAGAACUGAUACAGCAACUUAAUGAAAUGAAACUAACAAACAAAUUUCAACACCCCCCUGUGGAUCGUGUAAAAAACAAAACAAAGGUUGUAAUUGAUGACGUGAAGAAAAGUUUCAAGAAUUUAAAAACAUCUAAAUUUUCGACAGAAAAAAUAAUACCUGCUGAACAAAAUUCAAUCAUACCAAUAGAUAGCUCAGUUAAAAACGGUGCUAUUAAGAAAAAUGGAUUUAAAAAUGAUCAUUUGCCUAAUGGAUUUAAAAACGGUGUAUUACCACAUUGUUCAAAUGGCAUUAUUACUGGUCACAAAAAUGGGGUUUCUACUAAAGUAAUAAGCAGUGCUUGCAAAAUUUUCGAAAACUUGUUGAAAAAAGAAACUUGUGUUGAAGUUACUAACGACUGCGAUGAUUUACUACGGUAUACAAUAGAACAAAACCCUACUAGUCUGGCGGUAGAUAAUAUGAGUGUUAUUUCAUCCGACAGUCUGCAGUCGCUGUAUCAAUACAUGGAUGAACUAAAGACCAACGAAAAUGGGAAAUAUCUAAUUAAGGAAUGUGAAUGAAAGUAAAAAAACAUAAUUUUAAGGUGCCUUAUUUUUCAAAGGAAAAUUAAAAUGUCCAUUAUAUUUUUAUUUUUUUGAAUAUUUGUAGCUUUAUAAUCAGUGACGGAUAACAAUAUAUAGAUGUAUAUCGAAAUAUUACAUAGUAAACUUUUUUUGUGUAUUCAUCAAAGUUUUAGCCACAUUCAUUACAAUAAAGCCUAACAA